AUGGCUUUCAACAACAGAGUCUCAUCCUUCGGGUCCAACGACAGCGGCUACGAAAGUGGUAUCGUCGAAGUCUUCGAUGAGCCUCGCCGCCCAGUCACCAAGAACCCUGACCACGCUAAGGAAAUUGCCAGACACCGUCAGCAUCUGAUGGCUUCAGAGAUGUCAAGAAGAGACGCAGACGAAUACCAACAAGACAUGCUUGAGCAUAUGCUUAAGGUGGACGCCGAGACCAUGCCCGACGUCGACGCAAUUGACAUCCAAACCGAGAUUCAGUGGUACAUGAGACCUUACCUCCUCGACUUCUUGGUGGAGGCCCAUACGGCGUUUCAGCUGCUACCCGAGACUCUCUUCCUUACAAUCAACCUCCUCGAUCGCUACUGCUCGAAACGCGUCGUCUACAAGCGUCACUAUCAGCUCGUCGGCUGCGCUGCUUUGCUUAUUGCGGCCAAGUACGGAGACAAGAAAGAGAAGGUUCCAACAAUCAAAGAGUUAAAGUCCAUGUGCUGUUCGCUCUAUGAUGAGGACAUGUUCUUGCAAAUGGAGUGGCAUGUUUUGUCAACUCUUGGUUGGGCUAUUGGACAUCCCACAGUCGACGCAUUCAUGCGGUUGGCCGUCAAGGACAACGUCUACGACCCCGAAACAGAAAGCUUGACACUCUACAUCCUGGAGAUCGCCCUCUAUCACCGAGACUUUGUGUCUAAGCAAUCGCACACUCUUGCCCUUUCGGCUCUUGUUCUGGCCCGCCACAUCCUCGGUCGACCUCAAGCUCGUCCCAAUGAGUUUGGUAAUCAAUACUGCAGCAACACUGUCAUGGAAUUAUUACAAAAAGUGCACGAGCCUUCGGGCAUUUUGGCCCGGAAGUAUGCCUCGGUGCGCUACGCUGGGGUUUCUCGAGUUUUGACCAACUUCCUUACUCAGAAGGCUGCCUUGUCGGCCUCCCGAGCUCCAUUGACUCCGACAUAUGAUCUCAGCCCGCCUUCAGCCAUCACCAAGCCCGCAGGCCCUGAAUACUUCCAGACUUACGCCACACCUCAAAAGCCUCAGUUCCCCUCCUUGGUCCAACACGGUCUCUACACACCUCCCAUCACUCCUGAUGGGGAAAUGUUUGGCGUGACACAGAAGACCUUCAACGCCCCCAACCAAUGUGCACCACCCACCCCGACUCCCACCACCGUGGGCCAGCAAUUUACCUCACACUAUCCGACCUCGACUCAGCAAUGGAGCGGUGAAUCAUACUGA